AUGGAUUCACUUUUCAUGAAUCAGGAGUCUGCGAAUCCUAUUGAGAAAGAUUUUGCUUAUAACAAUAAUGUCGCUAAUGCACAUGUAACUAUUCGUCUGAGAUUUUUACGCAAAGUCUACGGGAUUCUUUUCACACAGCUCUUGAUAACUUCAUUAUGCGCUGGAGUAAUGAUGGCGUUAAAGCCAGUUCUGUUGGAUAGCCUUCGACAAAAUGCCUGGGUACCGUUUUUACUGUUCAUAAGCACAUUUGCAAUAUUAAUCUCGUUGAUGUGGAAAAGGCAAGAAACACCAACCAAUUUCGUGUUGUUAUUCUUAUUUACUUUGUGCGAAUCUAUACUUGUCGGAUAUGUGGUUAUCACAUACUCUGCGACUGUUGUACUACAAGCGUUUGCAUUAACUACUGCAGUUGUCUUGUCGUUGAUGAUGUAUACACUGAAUUCCAAAAGAGAUUUCAGUAAAUUGGGUGUUGGACUUACAGUUGGCUUUCUCAUUCUGCUAUUGGCUGGACCUAUAAACUUAUUUUUAGGUUCAUCUUUGUUAGAGUUUGGUAUUGCAGUCGGUGGGGCUUGUCUAUUCAGUCUGUUUAUCGUUUACGAUACAUGGAGGAUAAUGCAUCAUUGUUCACCAGAGGAGUACAUUAUGGCAUGUAUUGAUCUUUAUUUGGAUAUAUUAAACUUAUUUAUGUAUAUUCUACGAUUCUUGAAAGAAGUACAACAUAAUCAAGGCUAAAACAAACAAACAAACAAACAACAGCACAAUUAUAUAAACAAACAGAGAAAUCUAUUCAGGAUGGACGUGUUUUAUCACAGAGAUGGUAAUAAUUGAACCUACUUAAAACAUACAUACAUACGUGUAUCUGCAUACAUAUACAUACACCUAAAUACACUUAUGUACUUAAUACUCAAUAACUGAUAAUUAAGAGUGGAAUGUGUUUACUUUCAUAUAUAAUAAUAAUAAUAAUUAUUAUUAUUCCACCAGUGUUAUUACUUGUACUACUUCCAUCGUUCACUUAUAACCAACUGAAUUGUUGAACUGUCUUUCACUUUUAAGUCUUUCUUUUAACUAAUCUUUUUCACAUUUCUGCUAACCGUCUUGUCUUUCUAACUAACACAUACACAAGCAAGAUAUUGUAAGUUAACAUAAAAUUGAGACAUAAGGCCCGGAGAUUUCAUCAAUGCUGGUUUUUUCCCUGUUUAUUUAUUUUCUUUUGUUUGUUUUUUUGCUUGACAGUUGAUAUGAUACUG